AUGGGUGCCAGAAUUUCUACUCGGUGCGGCAAGUCGCAGGUCAAAGACCAUAAAGUAUCCAUAUUUGAGCUUCUGCUGCAACUCUCCAAGGUUGGGACCACGAAGGAUGGCGAGGACGAAAUAUGCCGCCUCUUUCAGCAGCUAUUCGACAUAUCUAUCGAAGAUGUACCGUACGAGACGAUUGAAGUUUAUUUUCAAAAUUUUGUGCUUCACAAUUUGCUCAGCGUCAACCUGAGUCAUGGUCAAAUAUACCGAUACUGGGAAUGCUAUGCAGCUCUGCUUGAAUACAUCGUCAAACGCGAGUCUGUUGCAGCCGAUAAAUCUGGUCUAGGGCGCACUGGCUCGGCAUCAACAAACACGACCACAUUAGCGUCCGGCAAUACAAAGACUGAAGUGCCAAUUUCAAGAGCUUCAUCUUACACCAAAAAUGGCCAAGGUAUGGGUUAUAAACCCGAAUGCUCCAACCAUUCCGAAUUAGAUACCUUUGCUGGUAAAGAGGAAACGCUCGACCCUGUAGGGUCGGCACCUUCAGCGGAAAACGACAUUUUCAACACCUAUGAGAGGCUGACGCGUGGCAAAUGUGAUGUAGUGCGUUGUUUAACGCCCUUUGUCAUAUCAAAGGUCUUCAUCAGGUGCCUUGUAGCGUCUGUAAACGCGGUAGAACUCCUCUUUCAUAUAGAAUACCUCCCUUACUAUUUGGAAUGGAGCUCUCAGGCCGUCUUUAAAUUGAACGCCCAAGAUGGAACAGAUCAUUUCAUGGCCAAUCAAUCGACAAACGUUGCGCAUGCCGAUGACAGUGAUGGCGAUCACCCUAAGCAGGACAAACGGCAACACGGGUUAGAAGGGGGAGAUAGCAACCCCAGUGUAGAAACUACGGCAGAGGGAUACAAUUGUAUUGACAAUAAGAGGGCGGAAGACAAUGUUAAUGACACAAGCAGCGGGCUUGUGCCGGGUCCAUGUUCCAUCACCUUCACCCCGUCGCAGAAGUACGAAGAGAAUUCCGAAAACCUAAGGACGCUUAAACUACGUUUGAGUACUGAAAAGGAACCAAUCAACGUUAGAGUUAAUGUCGAUGAGUCUUUGGAAUCCAUUAAUAACGCGAUUCUGGAAGAAGCGCUUCGUGCAUGGUCCGACAGUGCCACACACGCUCUACGCCGAGGAUUCUGCUUUAUAGAUCACAAAAUGCGCAUAUUCUCUCUAACAUGCGUUGUGGAGUUACUAAAACGUUCAAAAGGAGCUGUGGAAUUUAUGGCAUUGCCGUUUUGCAGCGUUGCUUAUGGGGGGUCAGAACAAGCCUCCCGCUUACAAAGGCUGCUCCUCGCCUUACACUCCUAUAUAACAAUGGAUAUAUCGCCGUUAUCGAGUUCGCAUACAACGUUUAUUAAGGCAUCACAAUCCAUGGCGACCGAUGUGUUGGUCAUUUUACUCUCCAGCAUCGUUAUGGCCCCCUACGUAAACACUUGCGUUGACAAACGGAAAACGACGGAAAUUUCAUCUAUGUUUACAUGUAUCAAGAACGUUCCCAAGACUGUAAGGUCAGUGGCGCCGUUCUACUACAUUCAUGUGGAGUGCGUCCGCUCGCAACUUUUUGUAAAAGGACCGCCAGAUCAAACCCCAAAUGCAAUAGAGCCUGUUGUUGAUUGUUUUAUGAAGAGGAAUGCUCCUAUGAUAUAUACAUCGGUGGAUUCGCUUAGGAACGCAAUUGGAUCGAGAGGAGUGGAAACCACGGCAUGGUGUUUGGUUCGUCUUUUAUUAACUUCCCCGCAAAACGUGUGGAAGAGGCACCUCAAUGCGCUGCGUGACAACGUUACAUUGUUAAUGUUGAUCAUGAUCAGUGCAGGCAAGGGAGAUGGGCUUUUAAGCCAAACGGAAGAAAUGGCCAAGCGCCACAAAACGUUGGGUUAUAGCACUGAAAUGUUAAGUCCCCCCGGAAUAAACCAGACUGAUGAUGUUAUAGAAGAGGCGGAAACAAAUAUUCUCAAGUCUAUGUUAAUUCUGAAAAAUUCACUAAAUGAUAUACAUUACUCAUUAUUGCUAGGUGAAAAUUUGCCUCAGGAGUUGAUGGUUGCAAUGGCCAAAGCAAUGGAUAAUAUAAGCCCAUCUAUUACGUGUAGUAACGAACUCUGGCUCAUUCUUAUCGAUAUGCUGUCGUGCAAUAAAGUUUUUGCGUCAACUUUUUAUCUGAAACCGGGGCCCUUCAUCAGAGAAGUUAUGAGCACUAUUAGGAAACAUUCGGCUAUAAAAAGGGAGGUUGUCAAAGGCAAGACAUCUGGCCAAACUCCUGCCGAGUGCCCGCAUCAUUUGGCAUCCAGAACUCCUCUUAUAAGAACUUUUGUUAACAUCCUGGUUCACUACAUCGUUCAUAAAAAGGUAUUGGUUGCAUCAAAUCACCCCAAAUCAGACUCAGGAAAAUUAUGUGGAUGA